AUGUACCUUACCCAGCUGGAGGAACUUUUUGAGAAUGAUGGCUCGGGUCAGCCCAAGGCCAAGAAUGGCAACCGGCCUAUUACCGACUUCGUGGGGCGUGGGCAGAGUCCAGCUGUGGCGUCUGCUUUACAGUACAAACAGGGACUCGAGGGAGCUUACCACCUGCCAGUUUACAACCUGUCUAUCAAGGUUGUCUACCUGCCGUCCUUCACUGCCAUGUUCUAG